AUGAAAAAAUCCCAUUCCACAAGCGAUACAUCCGCUUGUCCUGUCCUUACCGGACCAAACAACUUUCAGAUUUGGAAACUACGCAUCUAUGCUAAGCUACGCUGCGAGAAAGUCCUACGUGUUGUGACCGGUGAAGAGCCGAAACCCUCUCCUGCAUCCACAUCCACAGACAACCCAGUCACUGCAUGGGUACUACAUGACAACAAAGCACUCGGAAUCAUCCAAGGCCACAUAUCUGAUGCGCUACUCCUCAAAACUGCAUCCCAAGUGACGUCCAAAGGGUUACUGGACAAACUCAUAGAGAUCCACAACACCUCCAAUGUCGCAUCCGCAUUCUAUUCCUUUGAGCAACUCUUCGCCCUAUGCUGGGAUGGCACAUCUGCUAUCGAAGACCAUGUCUCCAUUUUCCGAAACCUGGAGACCUGCCUAGUGGGUAUGAAG